CAACAGCAGGAGGCCCUUUAUUUUCAAAACUACCCUUUCAGUUCUCAAGUCUCUAACUCGCUCACACCUAUCUGCGCGAGUGAGCUAUGGACAAAAGAAACAGCACAGAGCAGGAUCCGAACGACGCGCACCCGACCCGUCACCACCUGGACCUCCCAUCCGGGUUAACCCCCGAUGAGUUCGAAGACCUGAAACCCUCCGUGAUGGAGCACCACACCUACCCCAUGGGCACGCGCCAAUGCUCCUCCCUCCUCGCGCAGCGAAUCCAGGCGCCACCGCACAUGGUCUGGGCCGUCGUGCGCAGCUUCGACAACCCCCAAGCCUACAAACACUUCAUCAAGAGCUGUCACGUCAAGGAGGGUUUUGAACUCACCGUGGGGUGCACCAGGGACGUGAACGUCAUCUCUGGGUUACCGGCAGCUACCAGUACCGAGAAACUCGACCUGCUCGAUGAUGACCGACACGUCAUCGGUUUCACCAUCGUUGGGGGCGACCACCGCCUCAGGAAUUACCGGUCUGUCACCUCGGUGCACGGGUUCGAGCGUGACGGGAAGAUCUGGACCGUUGUCCUGGAAUCGUACGUUGUUGAUGUGCCGGAGGGUAACACAGAGGAGGACACGCGUUUGUUUGCUGACACAGUCGUGAAGCUGAACCUGCAGAAGCUCGCGUCUGUCACCGAAGGGAAGAACGGUGACGGUGACGGUAAGUCAUAGUUUGGGUGACCCAUACCCGAAAUGAAACGGUUGAAAUUAAAAAAGGAAUCAUUCGGAAAACUUUUCUAAUUGGAAAUCUUUGUGUUUCGUGCUAUUUUUGGUGAACCUUUUUUUAAUUUUAUUUUCCACUAUUUGAAAUUACCAGCAUAUCCUUUGGUUUUUAUUGAUUGGCCAGGGUGCACUUUUGGGAUUCAAAUCUUGUUUCAUGUGUCAAAUAAAGAUGUGCCUUCAAAUUUGGUAUUUCAUAGGUCUAGGGCAUUUCAGCCAAUGCAUGUGCACUUGGAAUGUUGUUAGCUUGUUUAUGUUGAUUUCUUUGGAAUAACUACUGUAAGAUUAUGAUUUGAUUCCUGAUUUUUCUUGUCAUUUCAGUUUCAAGUUUGGAUUUAGCUCAUGAUAUGAUGAUUUUAAUCCUAUAUCCUGAUGCCAAAUAGAGUUAAAU